GAGUUGGCUCUGUGGGACACAGCGGGCCAGGAGGACUACGACAGGCUGAGGCCUCUCUCCUACCCCGACACCGACGUCAUCUCAUGUGCUUCUCCAUCGACAGCCCCGACAGUUUAGAAAACAUCCCUGAGAAGUGGACGCCCGAGGUGAAACACUUCUGUCCCAAUGUUCCCAUCAUUCUGGUGGGAAACAAGAAGGACCUGAGGAACGAUGAGCACACGCGACGAGAGCUGGCCAAGAUGAAGCAGGACCCUGUGAGGGCAGAAGAGGGCAGAUCCAUGGCGGAGAAGGUCAGCGCGUACUCCUACCUGGAGUGCUCCGCCAAGACGAAGGAGGGCGUGAGGGAAGUGUUCGAGAUGGCCACCAGAGCGGCUCUGCAGACAAAGAAGAAGAAGAAGGGCAGCUGCACGCUGCUGUGAUCAGUCCAGACGCUGCAAAAUCAUUUAACCAACAGGAGGGGGAAAAGAAAAAAAAAAAAAAUCCAACGUGAAAAGAAUGACCUGUUACCAAAU